ACCAGAGCAGCCAACGGCCCCUGGGUCCCAGACCGUUGGGGUGCAAGCAGAUCAGCAGCAGCUCCUGUGAGCAGCUGUGGGCGACAUGAACUCCUCCAAAGUGGCACCGGGAGAGGAAUCGCUGCGAGAGGCGCCUUCUGAAGGUGAGCUGGAGUCAGUGCCAUCUGACGAAGCGGGCCCUAGCUGGGCCUCAGGACCGCCAUCAGAGCGCCCGCCGCCCCUGGGUCAGGAAGCACCUCUGCCACUGCCACGUCGCUGCCACACCGACUGCUUAGAAGCGCCCCUGUCGCGCAGCUUUCAGCGCCUUGGCUACGCUGUGGGUAUGCACCCGUGGCUGUUUUUACUUGGGCCGGCGCUGCUGACGGUCGCCCUGGGCACCGGCCUCAUCUUCCUUCCCAAGGAGAAGGAGAACCUGGAGGAGCAGUACACACCGAUUGGCAGUCGCAAGGCCGAGCGGCGCUUCGUGCAGGGUCAUUUCAGCACCAAUGACACAUACCGCUUCUCCGCCUCCAGAACCAGCUCUGAGGCCAACUUUGCGUCCAUCCUGGUGGUAUCCUUUACCGCCUCGCUGCUAGAGCCGGGGGUAUUCACGGAGGUGAGCAAGCUGGACCAAGCAGUGCAGGCGCUGAAGGUGGUACAGGAAAAUGGAACACAGAUCCUGUACAAAGAGGUAUGCGCCAAGUACAAGACUCUGUGCGUGCCACCCAACCCUCUGCUGUAUGCCUGGCAGCGUAACUCAUCAGUGGACUUGUCAAAUCUCACCUUCCCUCUCCAUGACAUGAACAACCACCUCAUCUAUUUGGCGGGCUUCUUUGGGGGAAAUGUCUUGGGUCAAUCGAUGGGAAGAAGUCAACGACUUGUGGAGUCCCGAGCAAUGAGGCUGCUGUACUACCUCAAGACCGAGGACCCCGAGGACAGUGAGCGUAGCAAGGCAUGGCUCACUCACUUUCUUAACCGUUUUAACGACAUGAAGAGCAGUCUGACUUUGGAAGAGACAGAGGUAGUCUACUUUACAUCCCUUUCAAGACAGCUGGAGUUUGAGGCAACCUCUAAGACUGUGAUCCCUCUGUUCCACUUGGCAUACAUUUUAAUCAUACUGUUUGCAGUUGUAUCAUGCUUCAGGUUGGACUGUGUAAGAAACAAAAUGUGGGUAGCAGUCUUUGGAGUGUUUUGUGUUGCCAUGUCAGUGGUGAGUGGCUUUGGCCUGAUGCUUCACAUUGGGGUACCAUUUGUGAUCAUAGUUGCAAAUUCACCAUUUCUUAUUCUUGGUGAGUAAAACAAAAUAUAAAGUUGUGUUGAGUCUGUAGGUGUGUGCAAUGGACAAGGGAAUGCAUUUG